AUGUUUCCAGGUGACACAAUCUUUGGGGUUUUCCUCAUCUCUCAGUUAUGCAUUGGUGUCCUGGGGAACUCCUUGCUCUUCAUGUUGUAUGCGUACACCUUCUUAGUUAAACCCCAACUGAAGAAGCACAUAGAUCCCAUAAUUAUGCACCUCUUGUUGGUCAAUGCUUUGACCAUCAUGUUCACGUUGAUACCAGAUAUCGCAUCAUCUUUUGGAGUAAGGAGGUUUUUGAAUGAGGCUGGUUGUCAGGCAGUGUUGUUCUUAUACAGAGUGACCCGGGGUGUUUCCAUCUGCACCACCUCUCUCCUGAGUACAUUUCAAGCCAUCAUUGUCAAUCCCAGUAACUCUAAGUGGGUGUGGAUAAAAUAUAAGCUCCCUACGUGGACUUGUCCCUCCUUCCUUUUCUUCUGGGUCCUCAACAUGAUUGUCUACUUCCAUGUUAUUGAAUCUGUCACAGACAUCAGAAAUUUCACUUUGGUUGGUACUGGGUAUGCUCAUGCAUACUGUCGAACCAGGCAUUUUGGAACACAUAAUUCAUUUUCAUUCCAUGCUGUCUUACUGGUUCGUGAUCUGUUGUUUGUGCUCCUCAUGGUCUGUACCAGCUUGUACAUGGUGCAUCUCCUCUACAGACACCACAGGAGAGCCCAACAUAUCCACAGCCCCCACGUCUCCUCCCAGUCAUCUCCUGAACACAAAGCCACGCACACCAUCCUCCAGCUUGUAGGUUUCUUUGUGUUCUUUUAUUUCUCAAACAACAGUUUGAUGUUUUAUUCCUUUCACACCCACCAUAAAAUUCCAAG